AAGAGACCGGCCCGGAGAAUCGCGCCGUAUCGUGUUCGAUGUGGACGCACUCCUGGCCUUCGCGCGGCACGGCGAUGGCGGCGCCAACCUACCCAGAGAGGCAUCGGGUUCGUCGGCACCUCCAGCCCGGCGACCAAAUCGUCGCCGCGCUGGCCCCCUUCCUUGGCUUUGCCGAUCACCUCGUCCAUCGCAUCGUCUGCCGCGCCUGGCGCCGCUCCUGCCGCAUCCUCGGCCGGGCACCGCCGCCCUUCCCGUGGCUCAUGCUCCCUCCGCCGCUGCCACCUGCGGGUGGACCUGGCCCGGCCCCCGGCACCGCGCAGCGCCGAGUCUUCUACGACAUCCCCGGCGGGAGAUCAUACGCGUACCCGAUCCCCGCGUCCUACCGCCACGUCACGAGCCGCAGCGGUUGGCUCGUCCUGAUCGCCUCGGACUCACCGCGACGGCUCCUGGUGCUUAACCCUAUCACCGGUGGGCAGGUGGUUGUGUCGUGGCCGUUCAAGGAGGACACCGACGGCUUCCUCGCUGUGCUGACGGCACCGCUCGGCGACCCGGGGUGCUUCCUCGCGGUCGCCACGGAUAGGCUCAUCAAGUACUGCCACCCCGCCGGCGGUGGGGAGUGGGCCACGCUGCGCGCCCUGGGGUUCCGCUACGACGCGGCCCUCAGCGACCUCGUGUCCGUCGGCGACACGGUGUACCUCGUGGACGAGCGGAGGAAGAUCUGGCGCGCAGACCUCGCCGCCGCGCAGCCCAAGGUGGAGCGCAAGGACACGGCGUUCGCGCUCCCGCAAGGGGAGUGGUGGCGCCACUACCUCGUGGAGUCGCUCGGCCAUAUCCUCCUCGUGGUCUCGGACCCGCACCACAAGCGCCUCGGGCUCUACAGACUCAGAUGGGACGUCAAUCUAUGGGUGUCGAUGCCCGCGAGCGGUCUCGGCGACAGCGUGCUGCUGCUGGGCCGCGGUUGUUCGGCGGCCGUGCCAGCGUCGGCCGCCGCGGGCCGCUUGCCUGGCACAGUUCUGGUGGCGCACCAGCCGUUCAGAUGUAGCUUCCUGCAUGUGGGCAUUGGGUGGUUAAACUUUCCCGGCGGCGGUGGUGACCAACCUUGGUUCUGGACGGAGUCGCGGUUGGGCGCGGGGCUGGGUGAUGAUCAGCUGGUGGUGAGGAAGUCGGUGCCGCAUUGGCCGCUUUGGUCGGACGGGUUCACAAUCGGUGAUUCAUUCUGGUUCUUCCCCGGCAUUGAUGAAAGUGAUUGCCCAUAGGCGUGUCAACAUGCAUAACUUCGGACUCCUUUGGAACAAAGAACGGUAAAGGAACUUUAAAGAAUUAAAAUCCUAUAGAAAAUUUUC